AUGCUUCUCUGCGUGCGCUGCGGAUCAAAGGGCCUUCUAAAGAGACCAAAGACGGGUGAUGUUCUCUGUCGUGAUUGCUUCCUCUGGUGUUUUGAGGAGGAGAUUCACUGGACAAUAGAAUCAGCAAGGCUCCUCUGCCGCGGUGAUAAGGUGGCCAUUGGAGCUUCUGGUGGGAAAGAUUCGACUGUCCUUGCUUAUAUUAUGAAACUGUUAAACGAACGUCAUGACUACGGUGUUGAGCUAAUUCUCCUUUCCAUUGAUGAAGGAAUUGCGGGUUAUCGGGACGACUCUUUAGAGUCGGUAAAGCGCAAUCAGGAGCGAUAUGAGUUGCCAUUGAAGAUUCUCUCCUACAAGGACCUUUACGGUUGGUCCAUGGAUGACAUUGUUCAGAAAAUCGGCUUAAAGAAUAACUGCACGUUUUGUGGCGUCUUUCGUCGGCAGGCUCUUGAUCGAGGAGCAAUACUUGUUGGCGCUAAUAAAAUAUGCACCGGGCACAAUGCUGACGACAUUGCAGAGACAGUUAUGAUGAAUGUACUCAGGUGUGAUAUAAGCCGUCUUAAACGCUGUACGGAUAUCAUAACCGGGGCGGAUGGGACUUUGCCUAGAUUUAAACCAUUCAAGUAUGCCUACGAAAAGGAAAUAGUCAUGUAUGCUCAUGCGCGAAAGCUGGACUACUUCUCAACGGAAUGCAAGUAUGCACCGAAUAGUUAUCGGGGCCAUGUUAGAGCCUAUAUUAAAGACCUGGAAAACCUGCGUCCACGAAGCAUCCUCGAUAUCAUCGCUUCUGGUGAACAAAUGACUAUCAAAGAGGGUGUGAAGGUUGCCGUUCAGGGGAACUGCGCUGCUUGCGGGUAUAUUUCGAGCCAGAAGUUCUGUCAGGCCUGCGUCCUUCUAAAGACUCUCAACGACGGCCUUCCAGAAAUUGCAAUUAGUGAAGAUGGUGUUGCACGGCGACCGCGUUCAAAGAAAACCACGGAAGAAGUAGCCAAGUCUCUGGACGACGUGGACUUUAACAAAGUUGCCUCUCGUGAAAGCGGGUGCACGGUUUCCUGUCUCUCUCCUGACGGCUGA